GGGGCGGCCGAGAUGCAGGGGCGGCCGAGAUGCUGGGCCAGCCUCAGGCCGCUCUCCCGCCGGCUGGUAACGUCCCUUUUAGCUUCUGAGAACCCAGGCCCGCUUCACCCACAAGUCCCUAAAAAGUCAAGUCCAGGUGUACGCAUGACCAUCCAGCCCAUGAACCUAGGAGGGUGUGCCCUCAAAGAGCUAUGGAGUGCUGUUACCAUGACCUCAACUGUCUACACAUCCCUGGGGAUCGAGAUGAGAGACAGGUACAAUCAGAAGCCUGAAUACAUCAGUGUGUCUGAUAUAAAAAGGAUAUCAAUCAACCACAUGGAGCUCCUGGGUGGCCCACAAGCCUGGCCCCUGAUGUUAGCCAGCUGCCCGGUACCUGGAGUGCUCCAGCUUGCCUCUCUACUCUUGGUUCUACACUGUCUCAUCAUUGACUAUGGAAACACUGAAGCCUGCCCGGCAGGUGACUUUGGGUCCCCAAGCUACCCUGGAGAGGUGGCAGGGGAGGGAGAUAGGGAGAUCUUGAGGGGAGGAGUCCAGAACUCAGCCCGGAGGAGGCUCAGCACCUCCUCCCCAACUCACCUCAGCCCUACAGCACUUUCGAGGGACAUGGGUAAGGAGAUGGAAGAGGAGCAGGCUGUGUGCCAGGACUACCAGGCAUGGAGCCCAUGGGAAUAGCUCCAGGGUUGUGCCCUGUAGAGGCACGUGACCAGCCUUGUGGUGCUGAGCAGUGCCACGGAACUCUGUGAGAAUGACUCUGGGAGGCCCCUGCUCUGCCCUGUCCCCAGUGCUGGUGAGACUUUCAGUAGCUUGGAGUCAGGGAGCCAGUGCCUCACAGGUACCCCUCCACUAACUCAAACUCAGGUAUAUGCCUGUGCCUCCUCAGUCUUCCAAGGGGCAGGAAUGCUGGCUAAGAAAGUCCAGUAUGCCGCCAUCGGGACUGGGAGCUUCGAGCUGUGCACAGCUUUUGUUAGUGUGAACCCACCCUCCACCAGCCCUACUGUGGGAGGGCACUUGGGUUCUAAUGCUCUUUGGCCUGGAGUUAUCUGCAUCAAGCCAUUUUCUAUUCCACUCUGUUCCUUUCCCAGGAUGCCUUACCUGGCCGUAUCCUGCAUCUUCGUCUUCAUCCUCAGCUUUGCUGCAGUGACAAGGAUCCUGGCAACAGAGCUGUGUGACCAGAUAGCCUGGCCUGCUGCCUACAUGGUCUGUGGGACAGUCUUGUGGGCUUGUCUCUUUUCCUCUACAUUCCUUUCCUCUGUGCCUGUGGGGCCAUCUACACUCAUUGGUUCCUUCCUGAGAUCAAUGACAAGACCAUCCUAGCAAUCACUGAGGAAAUGUGCAGACUCACCCUUGCCUAGGAAGACCAGCAACCUCUAA